CGCGGCUACAUAUCUCCAAGACCCGGGAUGGAGGGGGAAAGAAAAAGUUCAAACCUGGCAAGACCAACUCUCAACGUGACGCUUCACUGACGCGCAGUUUACCACCACCCCUCCGACGAGAGCACCGGUGCCAGAUUAAAGUUUGUGCAAAUAUCCUUGACCUUUUUGCGUUUUUUCCCCCUACUGCUUUUUUCCUUCUUCUCAAUUUGCUGUGUGCGCGCGCAAGGCUGGCCGAGGGUCGCCUUCACCGCGCGCUGAGAUGUUGGAGUGAGUGAGCAUGGCUGCGCAAGUGGCAUCGGCUCCCUCCAGAAAUAACAACAAAAACAAGAAAUUAUCCAGCGCCUUGGGCACGGAGCUCAAUUCGGGGAAAUCCGGUGGAGCAGGAGGAAGUGUGCAGCAGCGCAGCGGGCAGAUGCUGGCCGCCGCAGAUGGGACUCUGAAUAACCAUCACCGCCGAACGGAGCCCGGCAUGGUGCGUUCAACUUCCGCGGGUCACGGCAAGGAUGGGAAUAACCUCACAUCGUCUAAUUCAAACACUUCCUCCAUGGAAACGGGACAGAUCGCCAACCAUAAACUGAAAUGUGUCGGGGGCGGAGACCCCCCUCAGUCCCUCACACCGCAGCCGCAGUUCGGCCAAUUUGCGCCACAUCCGCAGCGUCAGAUGCACAACAACAACAACAACGGACAAGGACCCAGAGGGGCUGUGGACCACCACGGUGGUAAAGAGAACCUUCUGGGGGGUCAAGUGGAGUCCCAACAGCAGGUGCAGGUUAAAGGUGAGGGACAUCUUAAAUCCACAGAGGGGAUGAUGUCGUCAAGGUAUGAUCACUCCAACUUGGGGCCAACCGGCAACAACUCUGAGUUCAACAACAACUAUUACUCAACAAGAUCUUAUGAGCAACAUGGCGGACAGCAGCAGCAGCAAGGGAUGGCAAUAUCCUCUGCACAUAACAGCAUGGACAACUCCCACGAAGCAGGCUACCAGAACAGCCAGUACAGCCAGUACCCUCCCUAUAAUCGGACACGGUACGGUGGAGGGACCUAUGGCAUGAUGGGCCCCUCUGGGUGCAGGCAACCUGAAAACGUCAUCAUGAGCAGCAACUCCUCAGCGAGCCACGGCAAGUCCACUUUGGGAGCCUCUUCCAGUGGCUUCCAGAGGUUCCCGGGACCAACUCAGCAGCAGCAGCAGCAGCAGCAGCAGCAUCCCUCAGGCUCCACACCGACCCUCAACCAGCUGCUAACGUCACCGAGUCCCAUGAUGCGGGGCUACGGAGGGGCCUACCAAGACUACAGCGCGUCCUCAGCGCAGCAGGGUCUGCAUGGGAAAGAUGUGGGCCCUCAGUACGGAGCCACCACGGCCCACGGCUGGGGAGGGCAGCCCAGGAACCACCCGCAUGCAAUUAGUUCGGGCAAUGGAGGGCAAAGCCUUGGGAGAAGUCAGGUGUCCUCCAUGGACUUCAUGGCAAUGAAGCGUUCGCAACUUUAUGGUAUGGCCAACAAUCCGUACUCGAACCCGCAGCAGCCUGGGGGCGGGCCUUACCCUCCCGGCCAGCCGUAUACUCCGCCUCCCUCGCAGCGUUAUCCAAUGAGCAUGCAGUCAAGAAGUCGAAUGGCCAUGGGCAGCAUGCAGUUUCCUCAGCAGCAGGUGGCACCAUACAGCCAGCAGGGGAUGGCAGGCUAUAGCCAACAACAGCAGGCAAGCCAUCAGGGAACUCCGCCCUAUUUCAGUCCCCCACAACAAACACCCCCGGCUCCUAACCGGAGCCCUUACCUGCACUCACGAUCGCUGCCCCAGGAGGCACCGCAAGACAAUUACACCAGCAGAGGUCCAAGUGCAGGGAAUCCUGGGAAGAACAACACCGAAGAUGGCAUCUCCUCCCAGCACCGCCCUUCCAGUCUGCCGGAUCUGUCUGGCUCGAUAGACGACCUCCCAACCGGGACAGAGGCUGGUUUGGGGUCAGCCGUCACCAGCACUGGGAACCAAGGAGAGCAGGCUGGCGCCAGCACCCAGAGACAGUCUCCUUUCUCGCCUCACGCCUCACCGCACCUUCACAGCCAGAGGAGCGGACCAUCUCCCUCCCCUGUGGGGUCGCCUGCAGGCUCCACUCAAUCCCAACAGUCGCGUUCAGGCUCUGGGCCCAUCUCCCCUGCCAGCGGUCCCCCUGCUGGGACCAACACACCAGGCUCUACGUCAAACCCACAGACCUCUGGGAAUGGACCAGAUGGAUCCCGCCCACCAAUCACCCACUCACCUAUGGCUCAGGAACGAGGGUUCAUGUCCAACAUGGCAAGGAACCAGGCUGGCUCUCAGUUCCCAUUGUAUCCCACGAUGAGUCCCUACUCCCAAAGUGGUCCCACAGGCCCUUACGGACCUCAAGAAAGCCAAUUUCGACACCAAGGGAACUACCCUCGACAAUCCAACUACAGUGGGACUACAAGUGCCAACUACAGCGGCCCUGGCGCAGGUAUGACCAACAGUCUGGCCAUGAACGCAAGCAGCCCUAUGCACAGCCAUGGCCCUGGUCAACCUCUACCCGGAGGACGCAAUCCAGGACUGGGAAACCAUAACAGAGGGUACCCCACCGUAGCACCCAGCUCUCCCAGCAUGCCUCAGCCAGCGGGACCAGGAAUGGGCCCCCCCUCUUUGGGUACUUCCAACCGCAAGACACAGGAUGUGGCAGGAUCCACCGUACCAGGCGCAAUCAACGCAAUACACAGCAGGCAGGGCAGCUAUCAAGGACCAAGCGUCAGCCAAGCAAGCGCCGUAAUCCCCUACAGUCGGCCAGCAGGCAACAAUGUUUCAGCCAUGGGCAACGUACAAGGUCCAGCCUACAAUGUGAUGCCUUUAGGAUUCAUUGGAAUGUCGGGGGACGGGAUGAUGAGCCCAGAUGUGAAAGUGAAAACAGAUGCAAAAGAUGACAAUGACCCCACCAACGACACUCACAAGCCAAAGUCACAAGACGGUCACAACAGCAGCAGCACUGGCCCCCAGCAUUGUGCAUCGCAGCCGGCCACGCCAAGCAACGCACUGGCUGUCCCUUCGCCGCUGUCACCCAGCCCGGCCAGUUUGUCCUCCUACCAUGGAGAUGAUAGUGACAGCAUAAGCAGCCCACCUUGGCCUGUCAAAGCACCUCCAAGCCCAAAACCCACCCAAAACUCGUCAUCGUCCAGUGGUGAUCGAAUCUCGCGACUGUAUGAGUUGGGUUUGGAGCCAGAGAGGCGGCUUUGGGUGGAGCGCUAUUUGUCCUUCAUGGAGGAGAGAGGAACUCCAGUUUCCCAGUUGCCUAUUGUCGGGAAGAAGCCUCUGGAUCUCUGGAAGCUCUACAUUGCUGUUCGGGAGAUUGGAGGCCUUGCCAUGGUAAACAAGAACAAGAAAUGGCGCGAGCUGUCCACCACACUGAGCGUGGGAACAUCGAGCAACUCUGCCAGCUCGCUAAAGAAGCACUACAUCCAGUACCUGUUUGCCUAUGAGUGUAAGAUGGAGCGAGGCGAAGAGCCACCAGCAGACAGCAGUAGCAGCAGUAGUGGAAGUGUGGCUGCAGGAGACAGCAGGAAACAGGUCAAGAUCCAGCCUCCCUCACCUGCUAACUCAGGCGGCUCCCUCCAAGGUCCGCAGACACCGCAAUCUUCAGGCGGCAGCUCCACAGUAGAAUGUGCAGGGGACCUCUUACCGCCCACCCGGGGCACCACCCCUCCUGGACAGGGCACACCUUUGCCUCCUAACAGGACCAGCGUGAGUGUGCAGGAUCCCUUCUCAGAGGUCAGCGACCCGGCUUUCCAGAAGCGUGCUGCGUCCCUGCCACCGUCUGGUCCGUACCAGCAAGGCCUCGGCAUGCCUGACAUGAUGAUGAGGAUGCAAUACGAUGCCAAGGACCCCUUUGCUGGCAUGAGGAAGAUGGCAGCUGCUGAUCCCUACAUGCCGGGCCAGAUGCCGCCUGGAAGUGUGCAGGACUUGUACGGUCGGCCGCACACAGCCCUGACCAUUAGUCAACGCUCACAGUACUAUGGCUACGACAGGAGACCGGACCACUUGAUGGGGAUGGAGGGAAGCAUGGGUCCCCCUGGUAGUCAGAACAACAUGGCACCUCACAGUGAGGGUAGCAUGUAUUCUCCCAGCAGAUACCCUUCACAGCAGAGACAUGAUGGCUACAGUCCACAGUACCCUGGCAUGCCAUACGGGAUGCACCCUUCUGGCAUGUACCAACAGCAACAGCAGAGCUACAAACGAUCCAUGGACGGCGUGUAUGGUCCUCCCCCCAAAAGGCACGAGAGUGACAUGUACGGUUUGCAGUACUCCAACCAGCAGGCAGACAUGUAUAACCAGUAUGGCGGGGGUUAUUCGGGCCCAGAUCACAGACCCAUCCAAGGGCAGUUCCCUUACGCUUACCCCCGCGAUCGUAUCGGUCCUUCAAUGCCAAGCCCGCAUGGAAUGAUGGGUGGGGUACCGCCUCCUAACCACAACACUGAUGGUCCCAACAUGUGGCCAUCCAGGACAGACCUGGGUUAUCCCUAUCCCAAUCGGCAAGGACAUCCGUCCCAAAUGCCCCCUUACGUUUCGAUUGGCAGAGAAGACAUGGAUGGGCGGCCGGGGCAGGAUCAGUGGCAUCGGCAUUCUCCUUAUAUGUCAUCAUCAGGCGGUAUGCCUCCCUUUUCUCCCCGCUACCCCCCUUCGUCUUACUCCAAUUCACAAUCUUUGGCAAGCCACCCACCUAGAGCCCCCAGUCCAGGAGCUUUCCAGCGCUCAUUGGACUCUCGUGUGUCACCUAGCAAAGCAGCUUUCCUAUCAGCCAUUAAGAUGUCAAAGCCUGGGAUGACCAUGGUGGGCUCUCAGGGAUGUGGGCCUCUGGGUCAGUUUCCUCACAGCCUGAGAAGGGACCUCAACUACCCACCUGGAUCGGUGGAGGGUACCUUGCCAAUUCUCCGCCCUCACCGCAAGCUUACCUCCAAGGACACAGGAAUGCCUGAGGCCUGGCGCGUGAUGAUGUCUCUCAAAUCGGGGCUCCUAGCAGAGAGCACAUGGGCUCUUGAUACGAUCAACAUUCUGCUUUACGAUGACAGCACUGUUGCUUCUUUUAACCUCUCCCAGUUGCCGGGCUUCCUGGAGCUCAUUGUCGAGUACUUCCGCCGUUGCUUGAUUGAGAUCUUUGGCAUCCUGCAAGAGUUUGAAGUAGGGGCGGUGACAAAGGAAAGCUUGUUGGACCUCUCCUCCUACCGGAAGGAAGAGACCAUCUUGGACAAUGAAAUAGAAAUUGCAGUCCAAGCUACAUCUGAUUCUGUGGAGGAACUACCGGGAAAUACGAUGAAGGAAUAUCUUGCUGUUACUGGAGAGCUCAUCUCAACUGAAGUGAAGAAAAAACCUGAUCAGUGCUUUAAAAAAGAUGAGAAUGAAAUUAAAGCAGAGAGUAAAAAUGAGUGUGAUGUUGUUAAGCUGCCUGUUGCUGAAGUGGAACCAAAACCUAAACAAGCUAGCAAAUAUGAUAAGUUCCCCAUUACCAUUGUCAACGAAACCGACCUUAGUGAAGACAUGAAAGAUUGCUUGGUUGAUCAGUUCACCAGUGGGCUGCUCCACUGGGAAGCUGGUGGUGGCGACACCACGGCUCACAUUCAGACGUACUUUGAACCCCGCAGUGGGACACAUACCAGGGUGGAGGACAAGAUGCUCAACGCAAACCAGGAUGACGACGGGAAGGAACAACCCGGAAAACGCAUCACGGCUACCAUCGAUGAUGUUCUGUGCGCGCGGGUUGACGCACUCUCAAACGCCCACCCUGCUCGCUCAUUGCCAUCGUACCCUUUCAGGGUGCAUCCAGAUGGAGAACAGGACCACAUCACUUUGUUGGAGGAUGAGCCACGCUGCCUGGAUGAAACCCCGUUGACCACAAGAUCAGCCUGGCAGGACUCAUUGGCCAAACGCUGCCUCUGCAUCUCCAACAUCGUCCGUGGCUUGUCCUUCAUCCCAGGGAAUGACACGGAUAUGUCGCGACACCCUGCUCUGGUGCUUCUUCUUGGCAGGCUCCUUCUGUUGCACCACCAACACCCUGAGAGGACCAGAUCGCGUCCCAGCUAUCAAAGAGACGAGCUGGACUUGGGGCUUUCAAGCAGUCAAUCCGAGUGGUGGUGGGAGUGUUUGAGUCAGCUCAGGGAGAAUGCAAUGGUUACCCUGGCUAAUAUCGCUGGCCAGCUGGAUCUCUCCACUUAUGCUGACACCAUCUGCCUCCCCAUCUUGGACGGUCUCCUCCAUUGGAUGGUGUGCCCGUCAGCCGAAGCCCAGGACCCCUUCCCUUCGGCAGUGGCCUACUCCCAGCUGACUCCUCAGAGACUGGUUCUGGAGUGCCUUUGCAAGCUGAGCAUCCAGGAAGGUAACGUGGAUCUCCUCCUUGCCACACCACCUUUCAGUCGGCAAGAGAAACUCUUCACAGUACUUGUCCGCUAUGUAGGUCAGAGGAAGGCCCAAGUGUACAGGGAGAUGGCGGUGGCCAUCACCUCCCACCUGGCACAAGGAGACCCAAUCGCGGCACGUGUCAUAGCCAUGCAGAAAGGCAGCGUGGGUAAUUUGGUAGCCUUUUUAGAGGAUGGCGUCAGCAUGGCGCAGUACCAGCAUAACCCUCACAGCUUAUUGCACAUGGGACACCCCCACAUGGAUCCACCUAGCGUGAGCAUGUUAUGUAGAGCAGCUAAAGGCCUGCUGGCCAUGGCCAAAGUGGAAGAGAACAAGACACAAUUUGUGCUCUACGAGAGCAGAUUGUUAGACAUUUCCAUUUCUUCCGUACUUAACGCUGGAGUAGUGGCGAUUAUUUGCCAGGUUCUCUUUCACUUGGGGAAGUUAUGACAGGAGGAGACGCAAGUCUUAGUUGGAAGACAUUAAGGUGGACAAAUUUCACUUGUUUUGCUUCCUUUUAAUUCAUCAAACUGAUUAAACUUUUUUUUUAUUCCACUUUAACAGAAUAUCCCUAUGUGUGUGUGUGUGUGUGCGUGUGUGUGUGUGUGUGUGUGUG